AUGAGUAUCUUUCAAGCACUGCGACGCGCCCUUACUACCAAGGGCCCCCAGCCCCACGGAACUGGUGUGCCAUCGGGCCACAUACCGGUCCACACCGCACGGCCCUUUCGCCACGUCCCAGUGGUAGAGAGGCACUACCGCGGCGACCCACGACGCCGCAAGGAGCAAGACGGUCUACACAUAGACAGAGAGGCCAGGGACUUGGACUUGGAGGGAGAUCUCCUUGUCACCAAGAGGAGGCAAAAGGGCUUCGGCUACCGGGACAGCAAGGUCCUGGACCAGUUGGAGGCCAUGUAUGAGGCCUCAAGAGAGUCGCGCUGGGCUCUCAAGAACAAGCUCCACGAGGAGAGGGAACGCAAGAAAGCGGAAGAUCUGGAGCAGGAGCUCCGUUACUAUAAGGUAUGGGACAAAAGACGGACGGUCUCAGACUAUACAACCUAA